AGAGUAAGAGGACAAGAUGCUAAACCAGACUAUUUUGGCGAUCAAAAGAUAGAGAGAGAUAUUGCCAAACCAUCCCAGCUGGCAUACAGCUGGUAGAUAAUAAUGUGCCAAUAUUUUCAAUACGAUGAUGUAACUAACAACUUGAGACUCAAAUCUUGAGGCCGCCUCAUAUUCACUCCAUCAGACUGUGCUGCCCAGUCGCUACGAUGGCGGAAAUGACUCGCCUAGUCGCGCCGCAGAAUCUCCCAGGACUUGUGAAAGCAGCCUUCGAUGCGGCUCGCGUCAAUGGCGACUUGACCUACUAUCCGACUCAAGUCGUCAUCUUGACGCCCAAUUCCAUUCCCUUCCAACUUCGCUUUUCGCCAGCUUUGGCAUUAAAACCCAAAGCCCCGAAGCCCAAAGAGCCUCAUGGCAAGCCAUUCAAUCCCUUCGAAAACCCCUCCCCCGCUAUGCUCAUUGCCGACCUGCCGCCGUCCCAUCGGCUUGUGCUGAAUAAAUUCGCAGUCGUGCCGGAACACUUCAUCCUGAUCACUAAGGAGUUCAAGCCCCAGACGCACGUCCUGGAGAGUGCAGAUAUAGCAGCUACAUACGCUUGCAUCCAAGCCUACCGUACGCACGGACACGAGCUGUUCGCAUUCUUCAAUUCGGGUCCACACUCCGGCGCCAGUCAGCCGCAUCGUCAUCUACAGCUUCUCCCUGUCGAGCGGAUGAGAGACGGGCUGGAGGACGUGGAUCGGGGUGGCGAGUGGAACGUACUAGCAGAGAAAAUCGCUGAAUUUGAAAAGGUACUGCCAUUUAAUAUCUUUACUGCAAGCAUCCGUCCGGACAUGACUGCCGAAGAGAGACACAGUGCGUAUCUGGAGCUGUAUAGAAGUGCCGUUAAGGCCACGUUCCUAGACAAAGAGGUCGAUAGCGAAGGUGAGGCUGUAAUAAGCUAUAAUUUCGCCAUGACAAGUAAUUCCAUGGCCAUCUGUCCGAGGACGGCGGAGGGCGCGGCGAUCAAAAGCAAGUCGGGACAAGAUGUUGGUGUAGUAUCGUUUAACGGGACGGUUUUGGCUGGCACUACUCUUGUUAAAGAUCAAGUCGAAUGGGAUGUUCUAAGAGAAGACCCCGAUCAGUUGUUCAAUAUCCUCAAAGGAAUUGGUUUGCCCCCCUUAGCAGAUACCAACGGCUAGCCAGCUGAAGAGGGAGGGAGAGGAUGCUGAAUAGAAGCCAUAUGUUUUAUU